AUGACCGAAGCUGCAGUUGCGCGCUUUUUUGCGUCCCCGCGAUUUGCCGUCACCGGCGCCAGCAACGACAGCCGCAAGUUUGGCUACAAAAUACUGGCCUGGUAUGUCCAGCAUUCGCUACCAGUGACCCCAAUCAACCCCCGCGAGCAGAGCAUCAAGUUGCUAGCGCGGGAAUUGCCAACGGCAUCAUCGCCCAAGGCUCUACCUGAACCAGCAGAGACCUCACUUUCGUUUGUGACGCCGCCGCCGGUGACACUUGCUCUGCUGAAGGAAGCCCGUGAAGUAGGCAUCAAGGCAGUGUGGCUGCAACCCGGCACGUUUGAUGACGAGGUGCUCAGCUAUGCGAAUGCUAACUUUGAGGCUUCUAUUGGCGGGGAUGGGGGUCUGGGGAGCGAAGGGUGGUGUGUCUUGGUUGACGGCGAGGACGGGCUUGAGGCUGCUGGACGAGAAUGGAAGCAGCAGAAACUGUAG